CCUUCGAUAAAGUAGUUCAAAAGCGCAGUACCUGACGCUUGGAUAGUAGUUCAAAUUAUUGCUGGUUAUGUUUUAUUCGGCUGACAUGAAAGCGUAAUAAAAUCAUCGAAAAAUGCCGCAAAAGGUCUGCAGGACGUGUCUUAAACUAUUCGACAAUGAAUCUCAACUAAUUUUCCUUGAAAAUAACCAACAAUCGGAUCAGAAACUUAUAAAAAAACUGGAAACUUGCGUUCCCGAAGUGGUUUUAAACAGAGUCGCCGAUUCAGCAAUUUGUCAGGGCUGCGUAGGUGCACUGAAUGCGGCCUAUAUCUUUAAGUUGAAAUGUGUCGACAACGAAAGGCGUCUGUGCGAGUAUAUGAACGCAAAAGCCGUGGAACGUGUGGAUUUAGUUAGCUUCGUCACGGAUUUAACUAAUGGAAAUGCCAGCGAGGACGAGGUGACUAUCGUCGCCAACGAUGAAACUCACAUUCCCAACUGUCUCUUGCCGAAUAACAGUAUUAAAUGCUCGGUUUGUCAGAAGUCGUUUGAGACAAUCGAGCAGAUCAAGGAGCACAUUAAUUCGCACGUGGACGAGACGAUGAAGUGCACUACGUGCCAGUUUCAGGCGAAAUCGAAGCAGAGCAUGGCAAGUCAUAUGCGCUCCCAUAAUGUAAAUUUAAAAUGUGACAAAUGCGAUUUUACGACCACUGACCAAAAGGCGUACUCUGAGCACUGUGAUCAGCAUUUCACCCCGAAGUACCACACGUGUACUCUAUGCCCGUUUAAAUCGAUACGCGCGUACAGCCUGCGGCGGCACUUAAAGACACACCGCGAUGAAAACCAGCUGAAGUGUAAACUGUGCAGUUUUGUUGCUACGGAUGAGGAAGCGCUUACGGAGCACGGCCGAGGGCACUCUGCCAGCGGUAAGUCCUUCUCGUGUACACACUGCUCAUAUACGGCACUCAAGGCGUCUUAUCUACGUAAACACAUGAAACGACACCAUGGAACGACGACUGCAAUCACAAACGGACAGACCAAGGAUCAAUUUCACAUGUCGGUUUCGGACCUCGAGUCCAUAUUGAACGGCGAAAACCCCAUGGAAAUUAAUGAGCAAUCGGACGAUUUAAACUCAUUCCUCGUUACCGUCGCCGAAAUUGAACAAAUCAUCGAAAAUAUCAGCACCGGUAGUGGCGUCUUCACCUGCUCCAAAUGCAAGCUGACGUUCAAGUCCAAAUACCGACUGAAACGGCAUCGUGCACAGCAUGCGGACGACGAUCAGACCGUCAAACAAUGCGACCAGUGCGACUUUAGCACCGCGAGUACGGCGACCUUUAAGAGGCACAUGCGGACGCACGCAAGCGGUAAGAUUUUCACGUGCGACGAUUGCGAUUUCCGCACGGUCUACUCCAGCAACAUGCUGAAGCACAAGCGGACCCAUACCGGGCAGAAGACCAUGAGGUGCACCAUGUGCACUUAUCGCACGUUGAAGGAGGAGAACUUGAACAAGCACAUGCAGUCGCACGAGGCGGAAGUCGAUCCGGUGCUCAAGUGCCUCGAGUGCCCCUUCGAAACUGAGAAUCCAAGCGAAAUGCAGGAGCACACCGAAAUGCAUAUAAUCGGCAAUGAGUUCAUCGAUAAUUCCAUACACGACUUCUUACCGCAUAGCUUUGUUGAUGAUUUAUUAUUGUAAGUGUUUUCUGUUAUUUUUUUAAUUUUCAUACGGACAGUAAAUGUAUCAUUUUUA